CGUUCAGAAAUCAGAACUGCGUGGGACUAACGAGGGUUUUUGCAGGUGUGGAAGAAAGGAUCCACAAAAAUGGAAGGGUGGGAUCCCAAUACGAAGUCGACGCUGACACAAAUUCCUCUGCUGUCAACCAAAGCAGGUCCGAGAGACGGAGCGGCAUGGACGCAGAGGUUGAAGGAGGAGUACAAGGCAUUGAUCGCCUACACACAGAUGAACAAGUCCAAUGACAACGAUUGGUUUCGUAUCUCCGCCGCCAACAGCGACGGCACUCGUUGGACCGGGAAGUGUUGGUACGUCCACAACCUCCUCAAGUACGAAUUUGAUCUCCAAUUCGAUAUCCCAAUCACCUACCCCUCCACCGCUCCCGAGCUCGAGCUCCCCCAACUCGACGGCAAGACCCAGAAGAUGUACAGAGGAGGGAAGAUUUGCUUGACUGUGCAUUUCAAGCCUCUUUGGGCCAAAAAUUGCCCAAGGUUUGGUAUUGCGCAUGCACUCUGUUUGGGGCUUGCACCAUGGCUUGCGGCUGAGGUUCCUAUUCUUGUGGAUUCUGGUAUGAUUAAGCACAAAGACGAUGCUACUUCAACCAGUGAGUCUUAGUUUACCAAAUGUGGCAUUCAGGCUAUAGAAGUAAUACUUGAAUGCUAUAGGUUAUAGCUUAGACAACGAAAAUAAGUUCUUGAGGCUUAACUGUGCACUUUAAUGGAUGUGUAAUUGUUUAGUGAGGGUUGUAUCUUCUUCAAAAGUUUACAGGUUUGUGUCAUAACUCACAGGAAUAAUCUUGAAAUUAUCUUGCCUCUGGUAUAAAUUUUACUUCAUUAAGCACUUCCCAGCUAUC